AUGAACGCCCUCAAGUGCAUCAAGACCCCCGCGGUCUCUGCCGUCCGCUCCCUCAUCGCCUCCCGCUCCAUCACCUCUUCCGCCAUCGUCGCCAACAACAUCCGCGACGACCUCAAGCAGUCCGCCAACAGAGCCACCACCUGGAGCGAGAACCAAAUCGAGAAGAAGAAUGCCUUCAAGGGCCCUCGCUUCGAGAACACCGACAUCGAGGCUCAGCCCCAGCCCAAGGCCGCUAUUGAGUUGAUUGCUGAGGAGCCCGUCCGCAUGGUUGAAGGUCGCCGCGCAAGAUGCGAUGGUGGCGGAGGGGCCUUGGGACACCCCGCUGUUUGGAUCAACUUGGAUCGCCCCGGUGACCACGCAUGCGGCUACUGCGGUAUCCGUUUCGAGCAGAAGCCUCACCAUCACCACCACUAA